UCAAUAGUCCCUUGCGUCAAAGACGUUGUCGACUAUCCACCUGAAUUUCGAUAAUCUACCUAAUCAAGAUUCAACUAUCGACGUCAAGUCAACCUCAAAAAGUGGACAUAAUGUCGCAGCAAUACUACGGAGAUUCUCAAUGGGCGGGCGCCGGUCCAUCCCAAACAACUUGGGAUCAUCAGACUCCUCCGCCGCCACCAGCGCGAUCUGGUGCGAGCUCUGCCAUCCCACGCGAAGUCGAGUCGAUCGCAUUUGCCUACCAAUUUGAGGAGGUUGAGCGAGCUGUCGAUAAUCUGGUUAAGAGCGGGAAGUUGUACGGCCCGCCAGGGCGACAUGGACGGGCUGCGUCUGGUCAUGGCCCGCGGCCGCAUUCCGUGGAGUUUGGCGACCCGCGAGCCGGCCACCCUGGUCCGAACCUGCAGAAUUUCUAUGCCGCGCAACGACACCAGCCUUCGCGCGGUUCCAACGAGGCGGAACAAAUGAUGCAGGCCAAGCGGAGGAUGGCGGCUCAACGGGAGCGAGAGCUUCGCAACUAUCAUCAAGAGCAGCAAUUUAACCGAAAUGUUCUUUCUGAUGUUUCUUAUAACAGCAAGCCUGAUCGCGCUCUAAGCCCUAGCAGCAUGUCCGAAGACGAACGUCGUGAUUUGAUCGCACGCCAGCGUAGUGCGCUUUUCGGUGGCGAGGGUAGCUAUCCCGAUGAAUCCAGCGUGACUCGAUCCGGAGUACCUGGCUUGCCUACUGGUACCUCUGGUCACCGUGGCCCUUCCCCCUUAGCUUACGACUACGGACGACAGGGCGUUUCCAACGCCUCCGAAGGCGCAUCGCAGCCUAAUGAGACGCAGGGUCUCUCCCGUGCUAACAGCAACGCCAGCCCUCAGUCGAACCCGCCGGCUAAUAUGGGUAUCUUCGAUAGCGCUGUCGGCCAGCAAGCUAAUCGCACCAGCAACUCAUCCCCAACUGGUGGAUCCCCGCCUCGGGCUGGAGGCAUCCCUAAGCCGGGUCAGAGCGGGAACGCGGUAGCCCCUAUCGGCACUCGUCCGUCGGCGGCUUCUCAGGCUACCAAUCCGGCCUUGAACAAGCGUUCGACAACUCCUUUGCCGUCGCCGUUAAGCCACGGCUUCACUGCCUCGAGCAAUGGAGAUGACAUUAACCAAGGCGUCUCAACUACUUCCGCUCCUUCUAACCCGCCUAGUGCUGCAGCAGACGGAUACAACGGAUGGAGCAACCGCUCGGGUGUUUGGGGAAGCAAAUCAAACUUGGGGGUUCAGGCUAGCGUUUGGGGUUAGGAAACAAAGUGGUGUCACGGAGACCUAAGCGAUGAGGUGCUAACCUGAGCAUUCAUGGCUAGAGAUACCAUCAAGGGUGAAUGAUUGAAUUGGCACAAAAUCGGUGUUCAGGUUGAUUAGGCAUGGGGUGAGGGAUACGUAUAUCCAGCAUCAGCAUGGGUGUUCAGGCCUUUGACGACACGGAAACAA